AUGGCGAAAAGUAUACAGAAAAACGGUGACAGUCAAAACAUACUAGCGAAAGCACCAUGGACUGAUGAGCAAGGUAUCGGCAUGAAGAUCUACGAAGGCGUGGUCCUGACUCUGGAAGUGAUCAUUCUCAUCAUCAAGAUGUACGCCACGUGGUUCUACAGAAUAUACAAGUUCUUUGUACCUAACGAACCAAAAAGUUUGAAGGGGGAGAUUGUACUGAUAACUGGUGCUGGUCACGGUAUGGGCCGGGAGAUGGCGCUCAGCUUCGCGAAGCUCGGCAGUAUAGUGGUGUGUGUUGACAUAAACCCCACCGGCAAUGAGGAGACUGUUAACAUGGUCAGGGAAAACAAGGGGCAGGCACAUAGAUAUCUAUGUGAUGUAACCAACCGGUCAGCCAUCAAUGAAAUGGCAGACAGAAUCCGCAAAGAGGUAGGCGAGGUGUCGAUCCUUGUAAACAACGCCGGCAUCAUGCCUUGCAAGCCGCUCCUCAAACAGACAGAGAAGGAAAUUAGGGCUACCUUUGAGGUCAACUGUCUCGCUCACAUCUGGCGAUGUCCUUCUAUGGCUGGAGUGCUUGGACUCAGAAAUCUGGUGCCUUACUGCGGUACGAAAUUCGCUGUGAGAGGAAUGAUGGAAGCCGUGUAUGAGGAAUUAAGGGAAGAUCCUAGAGACUUCAGCGGAAGCUACAUUUCCGACCUUGCUUUCCAGAUUAAACUGACUUGCAUCUGUCCUUACAUUGUGGACACGGGUUUAUGCAAGAAUCCCAAGAUUAAAUUCCCUACUUUGAUGAAGAUUAUUUCGCCCCAAGAGGCGGUAGCAAACAUCAUAGACGCAGUCAGAAGAGACUACCACGAGAUCACUAUACCCAGCUCCUUGUAUUACACCAAUCAGUUCUUAAGGAUGUUCCCACGCGAGGUACCGCUACACUUCAAAGACUUCCUGGACUCUGGCUUGGAGGCUGACUAA